CUUUUAAGAGGAGUCUUCCUUCAGAGUCAAGGUUAGAUUCUUCUGUCUUCUUGUCAUUGCCACACGCACAUUCCUCCUCCUCUCUCUCUCUCGUGAAAUUUCUCAAGAUGAACAAGUGUCUUCUCCUGGGCUUUUCCCUUCUGCUCUUCUGCACAGUUGCUGAAGGUCUCGUGUGCAGAGUCUGCCAGUACAAAGUUGGGAAGCUCUGCCUGAAGACCGACGAACCCUGCAAAGCGAGCGAAGGGCAGUUCUGUGAGGCAACCAAAGUUUAUGCUGGUGAAUUAUUCCUCUUCAAACGCUAUGGGUGUGGCACAUACGCCGAACUCUGCAACAAGACCGAGCGGAGGGAGGAUGCCUUCAAAAUGGCCUACGAACGCACUUGCUGCGACACCGACUUAUGCAAUGCUUAGUGCCGUGGGUGGUUCUCGUUUUCUGUCCCUAGGGAGGUUCGGCUUAGCAUGGGGCCAACAGCUGGUUCAUUUACAAUAAAGGCUGGCAAAAGAGACCCUUUUCACCCCAAAAGACAACCCUCAGAUUAUAUGAUCCCAUCACUUUGACCUUCUGUCCCCUCACAGUGCUCAAGAUUUUCAGCUUCUUCUUCCCUCCCAAAGGAAACUGGCCACACCAGUUGUGGCCUCUCCCACAGGACCUGCUGAAGAUGCUUCAUAGCUAGUUCUACAUAGGUCAUGUUCAAAGCACACAGGGGAAGCACUAAGACAGUCCUUUAAACAGUCAUGGCUUCCCCAAUGAACACACACACACACACACACACACACACACACACACACACACACACACACCUUUUUCCUCUCACAAAACUACAAUUCCCAGCAUUCCCCGUGAAGAGGGAUUGACUGUUAAACAACAACUUGAAUCCUUCAAAAUUAAUUAAAAUUGAGCCAAAAAUACCCGCAAAUUAAAACACAUGUAAGCGUCCUACAUGUCUAAACAAACAUGCUUUUAGCAGGCACUGAAUGCAGAUUCAUUAAUUUCAAUGGCUCUUCUAUGAAAAGGACCUCUGUUGUUGCUUUUUUAACCUUUCUUUAAAGUCUUCAGAAUUGUUUCUCUCUGUCUUCACCACAAGUUUAGAAACCAAACUGCAAUUCUCCUGAAGACCGAAGCAUACAGUAAGGGGAGAUUUGUAUGUUUAAACUCCCCGAGAGAAACAGCGUAACUGGAGAGAAUCUUUUUCUCUUCUCUUUAGCAAAUGGCUGGGGGUGGGACAAGGGGUGGGACACCUUUUUCAGCCUGAGGGCCACACUUUUGAUUUGAGUCAACCUUCCAGGGGCUGCAUGACAAAGGUGGGUGGUGCUAGUGUACACACACACACACACACCCCUCUGUUCUCCUUCCACCAAGAAGCAUCUUCAGAGUUCAAGGAUUACAGCUAGCUAAAAACAGUUGAGGGUGCCUAGCAGGUCUGUUGUGGCUUGGGAGGAAGUGUAGCUUGGUGAAAGUCUUCAGGGCCAGACAGAAAGACUUGGGGGCCGAUCUGGCCCCUGAGUCUGAGAUUCCCCACCCCUUGGUUAAAACAACGGCUGUCCUCUUCUCAAUCUGAAUUCACCCUGAGCUUCAUUGCCAGGUGUUUAUUUGCUGGUACGAGGUGUGGGGAGGGGGGGGGGAGUCUAGAAAAAUAUGUAUGCAAAGUUUUAAAACGUCCUGUUAUCUUUUAUAUCUUUUUGUAUUUACUGGGGAGCUGCGGAGAGUUGCCGAAAUGCUGACUUGGCAAAUGAUUAAAUGUGGCUGGGGGAACCCAGCCAGAUGGGCGGGGUAUAAAUAUAAUAAGUUAUCUCAUCAUCAUCAUCAUCAUUAUUAUUAUGCAUGCUCCAUUUACUCUAGCAGAAUCUGAAAUCAAAUUCCUUAAAUUGAACAUCAAAGAGAUUCCAUACAGCCGUAAAAAUACUAUGAAGUUUGUACAAUGAUGUGCUGUGUUUUACCUGGCUUUUGUGCUUCUGGUGUAAACCGCAGUUGCUUUCAAAUUGUAUUGCUGCCGUCUUUGGCUGAAGGAAUGAAUAAAGUCGGUUGACUUGAC